GCGGUGCUCCUCGUGGCCCGCUCGCCAGGCUCUGCGUUGUCGCCGAGCGAUCAUUAUCCUCCCGUCACAGUCCUUCCUGCUACUAUGGAGGAGAGGUCGAUUACCGAGUACCUCAGUUCCUAUUCGAAUGUGCACUUCCUCACGAAUCCGGACGACGAGGUUCAGCACCGCAAUGGUCAUCAAGUGGAGCGCACCAUCGACCCGGAGGACGUGGAAGCGGAGGUUUUCGACUGGGUGCUCACCCACCUCGAGAACAGGCAAUGGCCCCUGAGUCUGAGCACUGUCUUGGCAAAGACCGUGGCACACCAGAUGAACACAUCUCUGAAGCUGAAGGCUGGGGGCUAUACAGAUGAAGACUUGGCUGUUAGGCGAAUUCGAGCCACUGCAUUGGAGGCACUGGCUGAGCAGUGUGCCCUCUGGAGAGAACAGCCUGAACUAGCUCAAGAACUGCCCCAUACACGUGCCACAUCCCUCCCUUUGUCGACUUAUGGAGUGCGCAACAACAGGCGCAAGAUGGAGGAUCGCCACCUGGCCCUCCCAGACCUCAACUUCGUACUAGGACUCCAGGGGCUUCCGCAGUACAGUUACUAUGCAGUUUUUGACGGUCACGCUGGCGUGGAGGCAGCUGACUAUGCGUCUGCUCACCUUCACCGAAACAUAGCUGCACAACCGGACUUUGUUACCAAUCCUGUGAAUGCAGUUCGUGAAGGCUUUCUCCUGACGGACAGAAACUUCCUACAGCGGUCUUCAAGAGAGGGCCUCAAGAGUGGCUGCACGGCUGUCUGUUGCCUGUUGCGUGAGCAGCAGCAACUUGUUGUAGGCUGGCUUGGUGACUCGCAGGCCGUCUUGGCCAGGAAAGGCAUCCCCAUGACAUUGGUCAACCCCCACAAGCCCGAGAGAGAGGACGAAAGAAAAAGGAUAGAAGAACUCGGAGGAAUGGUCCUGCUGAUGGGUAUCUGGAGGGUAAACGGCGCACUUGGCGUGUCAAGAGCCAUCGGAGAUGCCGAGCAUAAGCCCUUUGUAACCAGUGAGCCAGAUGUGGUCAGCAUAGACCUUGAUGGCACGGAAGACUUCCUUAUCCUGGGUUGCGACGGUCUCUGGGACCAAGUGGACCCUAAGAAUGCGGCAUCGAAAGUGUACCACUCAAUUCUCGAGGACCCCGAGAGCGCAGUCUAUGUGUCCCACACACUUGUGCAGUGUGCCAGAGACCUGGGCUCGUCAGACAACAUAACAGCCGUAGUCGUCUUUCUGCGUGAUCCCCGCGACUUUGAGCCUUCGGUUCUGAACAUUGUAGACUACUACCCUAAGCCAGUGCCUGGAAGCGAGCUGCCAACACCACCUGUCGAAGAUGCAAAGGAGGCCUUCAAUGCGAGUGAAUUCGACGCUUCCAAGUUCAACAGCAACGGCUACGGAGCCCACUUGUUCGAUGCCGAAGCUGUGAAUUCCCACACCUACGAGCACGCCGCCGAAAGUGAAAUUCUUUCGGUGGCCUCUGAUGUGGUUCAAGGGACGAUUGAAACAGCGCUGCACAGAGUCAAUGAUGAUGUCAUCACUGCUGGCCAAAUUGUUGAUCAAGUGCACCUCCUUCACACUGAAGAAAGUGGAAGUUCUCGGAUUUACCCGAGCAGUUUCAUGGUGCCGUCCCAGCUGAUGGCAGUCUCGAAGACAAGUUUGAUCAGCCUGACGGCAUCUCGCAUGCACCUAAUGGAUUUGGCGACAACAUAUCGGUACGCCAGGCUGUACACCACAACCCGUUCGACGACGAGGGCUAUGGGCACGACCUCGAGACAGCCGAAUGCCUUCAAAGCUCGGCUAUUGCAGGGCCACUUGAAGAAAGUGGCACUGAAAGUGCUGAGCAGUUCUCUUCCUUUGCUGAAGUGUCCUGACGAGGCUGGUAGCGGCCAACUUGAAUUGCCUCACGAACAGACUUCAUCUACAGUACCUAGUCUGACACCACAGCAUCAAGAGUUCGAUGCUAACUCAGACCAGGAACUUGAUGCCAGGCAGCCCUCUCCAAUUGGCCAACGUACGAUGCCUGAAGAUCCACUGCCCGUUGUUGCAGACCUUCCUGGAGCUCCUGUUGAGCCCGAAACGUUGAGAGAGGCAGAGCUUCCAGAUGAAGGAGUUGAUGUUAGCACUCUUCCUGAGGAUGUCCAGGAACUGGAGGCAGCGAAAGAGCAACCAGUGGCAUCGGCCAUUCAGGAUGAGUGCCUGAGUACAUUACCGGAAGAUCAACAAGAUUUCAAGCUUGUGCAGCCCAGUGACAUGGAUUCUUUUGUAUUGCCAGAUGUCGCUCAGCAGGUGGCUGCAGUAGUUGAUCCCACUCAUGCAGUACAUGAUGCUGAAACAUUAGAUCUGGAACAUUCAGACGAUAUCCACGGCAACAUGCUGUCACCAGAUAGCAUACAGGAAGAAGUGCAACAGCUCGAUCCCUUCCACGGAGAGGUGCAACAGUCCAAUAUCAACAAAGAGGACAUGCAGCCAGAACAGCCAUUAGAGCCUGAACACGUCAAGGAUGGUGCUGAUACUGAAAUGGCUGCCAGUGGGCUUGGUUAUAAUCAACCCCUUAGCAUCCAGUCGGAUGACCUCGUGUCUAUUGACCUUAACAGCUCAGCCAUGCAGUCUCUUGCGGAGAUGAGUGCACCUCCUCACGCAGCAGAUAAGGCAUUUAUUUGCGAGACUGUUCCAGAGCCGCGUGAAGACACGAGCAUGGCAUGUGCUGAAAGUGAGAAUGCCCACCAUGAUCAGUUCGUCUGCGAAAUAUUAGAGAGCCUGGGUACAGACGAUGCUGAUGACACCUCUUUGGGUGGUUCAGCAGAGUCCAUUGUUGAGAAGGUCACUGCAGAACCUGUCCAGCAAGAUAGUGCCGUUAUCUUCUGCGAACUCAAAGAAACUCCCCCUGCAGAGAACAUUCUUGACCAGCAGGCUGAUGAAAGCGAACAAAAAGUUGACAAUCUCUGCUACAAUAUCCCUGUUGAGCAGCAAGAACAAGUACAAGAAAAAGUGUUUGACGUAGAUCCCCAAGUCGAAAGUUCUGUGCUUAGUGGCCAAGUUUCUGAGCCUUUCAUUGAAGAUUCUUUUGCUGUUCCUACAAGUACUGAAAGCUCACACAUCUUGGAACAUAUGCCUGAAGAAUCUUCCUCGCUGUCUGCAGACUAUCAACUGCAAGCUGAGCCCCAACAACCUGCAACCACUGCCAUAUCUCCAGCCAGUGAUGUUGAACAGCCUUGUGAGCAGUCGUAUCAGCAUCUUUCCAAGGAGGCAGAGAAUCAAUGUCUCCAGUCGCAGAGUCCUGCGAUUGAGCAACUUUUGGAGCACAACUCUGCCGCACUUAAUGAGGUGCAGUGCAUGAGUGAGAAUGCAAAAGCUACGGUUGAUGAAACUCCCGCUCCUGUGGUUGACAUUGGUGCUAUUCCAGAGAACAUUCCGGAGGCAGAUGGGGUCACGGAAGACUCUGACUCUGAGAGAGACAAUGAGUGGCGAUUCGUUAAGCCUGUUGAGCCAGUCAUCUCGCAGUUGGAAAAAGAGGCCGGCGAGGCUUUGGUCGAAAGUUCUCACGCUGCUGAGGAGACCAUUCACACAGAACAGAGGGAAGCAGCCUCUUCUGAACUAGUUACAAGUCCUGCAGAGACCAGUGCCUCCGAGCCAAAGGUUGAUGCUAUGUCAGACAUGAAGCAAGAUUCAUUACCCGAAACAAAAACCGAAGUUGCAGCAACUCAGAAGCAGGGCACAUUGCCUGAACAAAAGGCUAGCGCAGCAAAAGUUACUGCCACAGCAAAGCCCUCUCCAGCUUCACAGAAAACAAAGCCAGCCGCUAAAGCGUCACCCGCUCCAAAGCCAAGGACAUCCUCCACUGAUAAGCCUGCAACAAAGCCACUCCCUACAAAGACAGAAGGAUCCGCAAAGGCUACGCCUGCAGCAAAAUCUCCACUGAAAAAGCAGCCCAUUACUACUAAACCUAUCACAGCAACUACAACUGCAAAACAGAGCAGCAUGGCAAGCACCACUGCGAAAACGGGCCUAACCCGCAAGCCCGAGCCCCCAAAAGCCCAAAUCGUCUGCUCCCACCACCGAUGCACCAGCAAAGAAGCCAGUUCCUGCAUCUUCAAAGCUUUCCACUGGACCUACGAGGCCCACCACGUCCAAGCCACAAGAAAAGAGCUCGGCUCCAGCGUCAAAGGCCAAGCCAACAGCACAAUCAUCCACAGCACCUCGUCCGCGAACAUCCACCGGAUCUGCAAUGACGUCUGCUAGCAAGGCAGAAGUUGGAACUGCCGAAAAGAAGCCCACUACUAAGCCGGCACCAACUAGGCCUCCCAUUUCCAGAACCGCACCUAAAUCGACUCAGCCUGCCAGCAGUAGCUCUGCACCAAGAGUUGGAUCGAGCACUACGGCAAGUCGUCCUACUACAGCACCAACUUCGAGGCCCGGAACGAGGCCCGGAACAACGUCGAGGGUUGGGAGUGCCUCGACUGCCACGAAGAAGGCGAGUGAUGCCAGCCCUGCGGCUGCAAAAACAUCUGCGAGGGUUCCAGCGACGCGAGACUCAAAGCUCGGCAAAGACAGCACUAACCAGGAGUUGGCUGGUGCAAGGCGAACGGAAACAACUCAGAGGAGUGCUGCCAGUAGGACUGCUACCUCGUCAAAAACUGCCGCAGCAAAGCCAACGGCCACAAGCAAGUAUGCUGCAGUCAGAGCAGUUCCCAAGGGUGGCGCUGCAGCUGCCUGCUGCUGCCGCAGCAAAGGCAGCUGCUGCUGAAAAUCAAAGCAAAGGAGAACCCGCUGCCAACUGCAACGGGACGCCAGAAGAGAAGGGUACACUGGAACAGAAAGACAACAAGGAAGCCUGUGUGCCCGGAAGCGAGCCAGCCAUCCUGAGCAAUGGCAGCCACCCUGAAAGUGACGAUAUCGCUAAACCAGCUGCCAAUGCAGACAACAUGCCCGAUACCCCUGCUGUGGAUGUGUAGUUUCACUAUCUGGACUCUCUACUAGUCAUUCUGCUCUAUCCUGUGCUUUUUUUUUUAAUCUUGCAAUGGCGCAACAGUAUUUUUGACAGCUCCUUUUUACAACGAAAGAAAACACGCAGGGACAAAAAAAAGCAUGCAUGCUACAGAAUUAUAGGUACAAGGUCACUCUCAGUACGGGAAGUCUUUGGUACUUGCACACAUCCUUUUUAUCGAUCUUUUUAAUUUACGCAUUUGAUAGGGUGCAGGUACUGACUGGUGCUUGUGCCAGAAUAUUUUUUUCUCUCCCCUGCCUGUUUUUACCUAGCGUUAGUUGUAUGCAUAGGCUGUCAUGCCCUGUUCUGAAGUUUGUAAUUUCCUCUUUCUCUCUUGUUGGAAGAGAUUGUGCCCAGGUGCGAGUGAAUUACCAAAGACUGCUUGGAUGCCUCGCAAGCGUCGUUUUUUUUCCAGUUACUCUCGCAAGCCCACUCGCAACAACUGCGAAAUUGCGAAGGCAUUCUGAAAAGCAGCAAGACGUACUUGCUUCUUGGGCCGGUGUUAUUUAUUUUUGCAUCAAGUGUCCUUAAUGAGAGGAAUGGGAGGGGCUUGCCUUGUUUUAUGCUUACGUGCUUUUACUCGAGGCUUAGUUGAAACGUGUUGUGUUGAGCGAAAGGAGUAAGAGAAGACAUUUCGAUGCAUUUACCCAACUGCGAUGUUUGCCCCACUGGCCUGUGGAAUGGUGUAAUCUGUAGUUGAACCUGAAUAUAAUGAAGUCUUAUCUCGGGCGAAAGUAUUACUGCAACGAACAUAUGUGUACACAGAUAUAUUGGCGAAAGAAGGAUAUUUGCGGUGGUUCACCAAGUCUGCAGUGUCGCAUGCACAGAUUGUCUUGAGGUCAUAUUUCGAGCGACUAUGAAACUAACUCUUCUCUGCUGUAAACUAACACACCAUGACCUGCAUUUGGGUUUUAUACCAACCAAAUUUGAUUCGCUUCGUUAUAUCAAGGUUCAAGUACUUCUAAAGCAAUGUUGCUUCUUUUUGUUUUAAAUGCUUCUCUUCCAGUUACAAUUCAGCUUUCAGUCCCUUCUACCCUGCACCUCACUGCAGAUGCGUAACGGUCCUCCACAGAGAAGCUCUGCUGUUAUUUUUAGCUAUGUGUUCAGCUUGCAUGUUUUCUAUGCAACAUUUAUAAAUACGGUGCACAGAAGUGUUCCAACCCAGUAAACUCUUUGAUAGCACUUUUUUGUGGGGAGUGUCCUUUGCCCGCGACUUGGGCAAGUUCAUACGUUGUCUGACUUAUCUAUUUAAAAGUAUGUAUUGCAUCACCUUCUUUUAGGGACCU